AUGACAACACCGCCAAAUGAAGGCGCCGCAGUUGUCCCUGGCCCGGUACAGCCAGCUCCAGAGAACCAGCCGGGGGUGCAGACUGACGUUCACUCAAAUGAAUCUAGCUCGAAAACUUUGCCCAAGACCGAGUCACCUGCUGAACAACCGGAAGCUCCUAGCGCAAAUGGGAAUUCUCAGCCACAGUUGAAUGGCCAUUCGUCCAUAUCGAACGGCGUGGAGCCAAAGCCAGAGCCUUUUGACCAACAGGAACCCCCUCCAACUGAUUUGCUUUCCCCCGUUGGUCAGCCAGAGAACCACAAGACUGCAGGCGUGGAAUCUGAAACGGCAGCCUUACAUUUAGGUUCGAGCACCGGGACUGAAGAUGUGAAACGAAAAUCCGGGAGUUACGCUCCCGUCAAGGCAUCCGCUGAAGCCACCGAAGUCGAUAGCAAAAUGGAAAUGGGGGAAGAUAAUGCUAACAAGGGCGAUACCUCGAAUAUCAAUACCAACAUGGGCCAAGAUGAUGCGCAUGAUUCUUUAUUCUCAUCCGCCCCAGCACCAGGCCCUUCAGAGGGACAGAGCGUGGACCAUGACAUGGGAAUCACCCCAGCACCCGUGGCAUCGAAUAUCGCACCAUCACAGCAGGAGGAAAAGCCGGAAUCUAUGGCAACCGAAGUUGAUGGCAAGGGCAAAGAGGAUUACGUCAUGAAGGAUGUGCCGGAAGCAAGCCCAUCAGCUGGAGAACCAACCACAUUCAAGGUCUCUCGAGAACGCGAAGAUGAUGAAGAAGAACGGGCAGCAAAACGUAAAAAGACUGAAGACCUUGGUCCUGAUCAACCGGCUCUCGAAGCUCCUGCUCUUCCGCCGUCGUCGUCUGCUGAGCCCGCUGCCCCGGCUACUCCGGCCCCCGAGACUUCGAACGGUCUCCCAGACGUACUUCGGGACAUGACGAAGGCUCAGACUAAGUUCUUUACUCGCACAUUCCAGAAUCUGAAACGGCUCACCGAUGCUCAGAUGUUCAAGUUUCCUGUCGAUCCGAUAAAGCUAAACAUACCUACCUACUAUGACUUUGCUGGAGACCGCCUAUAUGAGAAUUUCGAAAAGCAGCUUAAAAAGCUGCCUGGCCACGAUGAACCCGACGUCACCCCGGCCGAAAAGAAGACCAAGAAGGCUGCAACCCUGCCAACCAAAACACAACCUUCUCGACGGGAGACGCGGCCCGCUGCUCCCCCUCCCCCUCCUCCGGUUGCCGCACCGGCUCCGCGGGCCAGCACCGCAGGGUCGCCUACGUUUGCUCUCGGUCCAGAGGGCCUUCCUCUGAUCCGUCGUGACUCGACUACUGUCGAUGGUAGACCAAAGCGAUCCAUCCACCCGCCCAAAAACCGUGAUCUUCCCUUCUCCAUGAGACCCAAGAAAAAGAAGUUCCAAUUAGAACUGAAGUUCUGCCAGGAGGUGCUUGAUGAACUACACAAGCAAAAACAUUACCCGAUCGCGUCAUUUUUCUACGUCCCUGUCGACCCAGUUGCCCUCAACAUCCCUACCUAUCACAAUGUAAUUAAGAAACCGAUGGACUUGCAGACAAUGCAAACCAAGCUGUCGACCGGCCAAUACGAAAACGCUAAAGAAUUCGAAACGGACAUGCGCCAGAUUUUCAAAAACUGCUAUAAAUUCAACAUCGUCGGUGACCCCGUGUACUCUGCUGGAAAGGCCACUGAGGACCUCUUCGAUCGUAAAUGGAGCCAAAAGGCGCGAUGGCUAGAGGCGCAUGAACCGGCCUCGGGCCACCAGUCGGCCGGCUCUUCGGACGAGUCUGACGAGCAUGAAGAGGAGGACAGUGAUGAUGACCAGGAGAAGCUGACGAUGCUGCAGAAGCAGAUUGCCGAAAUGUCCAAGCAGGUUGAGGCAAUUACGAAAAAGAAAAAGACACCCCCUGCCUCGAAAAAGUUGACCAAGUCCAAGGGGAAAAAGGAUGGGAAGAAAGGUGCUGCCGGAACGGUCAGCAAGAAGGAUAAGAAAGGUGGUGGUUCAAAGGCAAAGUCCGAAAAGAACCGCUAUAUCACUUAUCAGGAGAAGACUAUGAUUUCCAAUGGCAUCAGCAGCUUGCCUGAACAUAAAGUGAGCGAGGCUUUGGCUAUCAUCCAGAAGGAUGUGCCUUCUCUCCGGGGACUUAAUGAAUCUGAAAUCGAGUUGGACAUCGACGAGCUUCCUAACAAUGUGCUUUUGACGCUCUUAAAGUUUGUUAAACAAAACGCACCGGCUUCCGUCUUGGACGGACUUGAUGAGCCAAGCGAUGCGGAGCCCCUCCCUUCCUUGCCUCAGCCAAAACCGAAGAAGAGCAAGCCUAUGAACAAAACAGAGCAAGAGAAACAGAUUCGUUCUCUGCAAAGCAACCUGUCGAAAUUCAAAGGCGGUGCUGGUUCAGGAUCCGCGGCUGGAGGACACUCCUAUGAGCAGGCUCACAUGUCCGAAAGCAGCGGUGACGAUGAAGAUUCGGAAGAGAGUGAGGAAGAGUAG